AUGUUGCCCUCAGAGGAACCCAUAAGCCAAGAACUCAAUAAUAUCAAUGGAGAAACAGAAACUUCAGACUCAUUUCUUCCUUCUCCUUCAUCUCAGCCACAAACAGGAGUUCCUGAUUCCACACUUUCUGGUGGAACUUUAGGUGAUGCAACCAUCGUUAAUAAACUUAAUCAUAACGCCAGUGAGCGUGAUCGCCGUAAGAAAAUCAACAGCUUGUUUUCUUCUCUUCGUUCAUUGCUUCCAGCAGCAGACCAAACGAAGAAAUUAAGCAUUCCGGCUACAGUUUCACAUAUGCUAAAAUACAUUCCAGAGCUACAAAAGGAAUUGGAGAAGCUGGUUCAAAAGAAGGAAGAACUUGUAUCAAGGACCUCCAGGCAAGACGAGCUGGUUAUUAAAUCUGGAAAUAAAAGAAAAGUAGCCAUCAAAAAAUCUUUGUCAGCUGUCUCAGUAAGUCUGGUAGGUAAUACUGAUAGAGAAGUUCUGAUUCAGAUGUCCUCAGUUGGGGUCGAUGAGGGUCCUUCACUCUCUGAAGCUUUAAUAAAAUUAGAGGAGGAUGGUCUUCUUCUGCUAAAUGCUUCUACUUUUCAAUCAUUUGGAGAGAGGGUAGUCUAUAAUCUCCAUCUUCUGGUGCAGGGGACUCAAAACAUUGAGGUUGAGAUGUUAAGGGAGAAGCUCUUAUCAUUGUACGAGAAGGAGAUAUGA